AUGCGGCCGUCAAUGUUUUGGUCCGCUAUCACUACGCUCUUUGCUACUUCACUCGUUUCUGCAUCUUCAAUCCAUAGGAGACACUGCCACAACAAUAUUGGUAAAUGUAAUUUUCAUCCAUCUAACAGUCCCAAGUGCUGGGGCGACCACUCAUUAACUACAAACUGGUACGACGAGAUACCAGAUACUGGUGUCACGAGAGAAUAUUGGCUUCAAAUUCAAAAUGGUACAGCGGCAGUCGAUGGGGUUGAACGCAUAGUCUUGACGGUCAAUGGAUCGGUGCCGGGACCUACGAUCACUGCGGAUUGGGGAGACAACGUUAUCGUACAUGUACAUAACGCGCUAGAGAAUAACGGCACUAGCAUCCACUGGCAUGGUCUAAGGCAGAACUACACGACGCAGAACGAUGGUGUAGCGUCCAUCACCCAGUGUCCCGUCGCGCCUGGAGACUCUAUCACAUACAAGUUUCGAGCCGAACAAUAUGGACAUAGUUGGUACCACAGCCACUUUGCGACACAAGCUUGGAAUGGAGUUUUUGGUGGAAUCGUCAUUCAUGGGCCAUGCUCAGCCCCAUAUGACGAGGAUAAGGGCGUCUUAUUCCUCAACGAUUGGUUUCAUAAUACGACCGAUGCUUUAUGGAGUACAGCUUCAGCUGGUAGCCCACCUCCGGCACAGAACGGUCUGAUAAACGGAACGAACAUCUAUGGCAGCGGAGGAAAGAGGUUCGAAACCAUAUUUUCAGACGGCAAACGACACCGAAUUCGUCUAGUAAACGGAGCUAUCGAUACUCACUACAAGUUCAUGAUCGAUAACCAUAAGAUGAAAGUCAUCGCCGCAGACUUAGUUCCAAUCAAACCUUACACGACAGAAGUUCUAAGCAUCGGCAUAGGACAGCGUUACGAUAUCAUCGUCGAAGCAGACCAGGGCAAAGGCGACUUCUGGCUACGCGCAUACCCAGACAUGGCAUGCAGUGCCCAAAACGAGAUGGCGGACGACAUUAGGGGUAUCAUACGAUACGACACCUCCUCAAGCGCAACACCAACCUCAACGCCAUACCCCUAUACAGAAGACUGCCACGACGAGCCAAUGUCCAAACUAGUCCCCUACGUACCCCUGGACGUCUCCAGCCCCACCACAAAGAAAGACUUCAACCUCAGCUACACCUCCACCACGACUGGGAUGUUCAAAUGGACACUCGACGGCACAGACCUACUCUCCGACUGGGGCGUCCCCACCCUCCAGCAAAGUCUCCUCGACACUACCGUCUUCAAAACAUCCAGCAACGUCGUAGAGCUUAACGAAAAAGACGCAUGGGUAUACUUCGUAAUCGAGAACGGCGCCGCGGCCCUCGGGCUCACGCACCCGAUCCACCUCCACGGGCACGAUUUCUUCGUGCUCGCGCAGGAGGCCAAUGCGAAUUACACCGCGACGACGCCAUUACAGCUUACGAACCCACCGAGACGCGACGUCGCGAUGUUGCCCGCGAACGGGUUCCUGGUUAUCGGGUUCGUGACGGACAAUCCGGGGGUAUGGCUCAUGCACUGCCAUAUCGGCUGGCACGCAUCGCAAGGGUUCGGGCUGCAGGUCGUGGAGCGCGAGGCGGAGAUCCCGCCGCUGUGCGAUACGAGUAGUAUCGACUCGACGUGUGCGAAGUGGCAGAGCUAUGUGGCGGCGAAAGGGGUUCUGCAGGAUGAUUCGGGGAUAUGA